AUGGUUGCGAUGUCGUCGGCGACUGUUCUCUCAUCCGUCACCGUCUUAUGCGCUUUCGUGGCGCCUUCGGGGACUGUGUAUUUCGCGGAGAAUUAUCCGCAUUCAUCAUGCUCCGGCAGCCCUUCAUACAAUUUGUAUUUCAAGAAGGCCACAGGAUCGCUGGGCUGCUACGUCUACACAGAUGUCACUGGCCAGCACAUCUUGGGGGGUAGUUGUGAUGUGACCUGCCUCGGCGACCGAGCAACUUUCAAUGCGUUUCGUCGUGAGAAUUGCACAGGCUCUAUCGUUGCAUGGGGGACAGCGCCAUGGGCUUGGUACACAUCAAAUACGCGCUGA